UUCACUCAAAGUGCAGAAAGUGUAACAAGUGCAUGUGAGAAGAAGAGCUGGUGAAUCAUCCGAUUGGGCUCCGUUCAAGUUAGCGAAUCUUAAUUGGAAUGGAUUGGCACAAACGUGAUCGAAAAGAGUCGUCAUAUAAAUAAAUAAAAGACCGUGUUUCUCAAAUCCACAUGACGUCCGCCACGAUGAUUGACCGUGUUAGUCGCUUCGUUCUCCAAAUGCGCAAGCGAGGUAAAAGGAUGAUUGGGCACCAGCGGUGCAUGGUCAGAGACAGUUGCAGCCAAGUCGAUGGGAAGACUCUAGAGCGCCUGAGCGGCAGGAGUGUGCUGCGCGUAGGUGGCAACGAGGCCUCCACCUUCCUCCAGGGAUUGAUGACGAACGACAUGAAGCACCUCGACGAAGGGACGCCCAGCAUAUACACACUGUUCCUCAACACCCGAGGCAGAGUGAUGUGCGAUGCUAUAGUGUACAAGAGCGAGGAGAGCAACUUGUACUAUGUGGAAUGCGACUCGCAGAUUAUCGAUUCCUUGCAAAGGCACUUGAAGAUGUAUCGCGUCAGACGAAAGAUAGAUGUAGAACAUGUAGGGGACAAAAUCCAUGUCUGGUCGAUGUUUGGCUCCACGAAACGUUUGGAUAAUGGAGUAGCAGCGGACGAGACGGGAAAGCAAAAGCUGGAAGGAAUGAUAUUUCCAUGUGGCACUCUAGACAGCAAAGCGAGCAAGUUUGUCGAUAAUGUUAUGAUAUACGAAGAUCCCAGGUUACCUGAUUUAGGCCUGAGAAUUCUCGCCGAGUCGCAGAUUGGCAGACACGAGAUAAUGAAACACCUAGACGCCGACACACCUCCGGAGGGCCUCGGAGAUUACAAGGCGUUUCGAUACAAACUAGGAGUAGGGGAGGGCACGCACGAUCUACCACCUGGGAAAGCUUUGCCCUUGGAGAUGAAUUGCGAUUACCUGCACGGCAUUAGUUUUCACAAGGGCUGCUACAUCGGUCAGGAGUUAACCGCGCGCACAUAUCACACGGGUGUGGUCAGGAAGCGCCUGAUGCCUUUGUUGUUUGAUAAUAUUGUAGAUAAGCCGCUCGCGUACGAUGAGAAAAUUCUCAACGAAUCUGGCAACGCGGUAGGAAAGUUUCGAGGAUGCGUCGCAAAGUACGGAUUAGGUCUGAUGCGUAUCAAUGAGUCUCUUAGUGCCAGACAGCUUAAUGUAUCCGGUAUAAAUGUGAGGGUGGUCAAACCUGCAUGGUGGCCGCAAGAAUUGCAGAAAGAAAUGGUUUCUGUCAAAGAUACAAAAUAACGUCGUGACGUUUCCGAGCAAAUAUAACAAAUUGUCAUGUAGAGACUAUACAUACAUGCAUGAUAUUAAAAAUUGUUACAUAUUUGAAAAUAUUAAG